AUGGAGACCGCUAAGAACGCCGUCAACUACAUCUCGGAGACCAUCCAAGGCGGUGGUGCUCAGGCAUCAAAGGAGACCAACAAGCAUGUCGCCAAGGACUCUGAUGCUAGCUUGGGCAGCCGAGUUACCGCCGCAAAGGAUGCUGUUGUCGACAAGAAGGACGAGACAUCCCACAACACCAAGGCCGAUGUCCACAAGGAGGCCACUAAGCAGUAA